AUGCUCGCCCGACGAAUGGCGCAAUUGGGCCUGUCGCUGCCUCGCUCGUACGACGAUGCUGGGGCAACGAUCCCCUCCCAUACAUUUUCUAGUAGCUCAGCUUCCUAUCAUCCUGAUAGCCAACUGGCUCUCCCCGCAACACUGGGGCAACUCGCUCGCUCCAGGCUCGCCUUUGGCUCUCCAGACGAUGCUAGCGAAACAUCAACUUUUCAGUUGCGACUUCGUGUCAGUCCAGAUCAUACCAAUUCUGAUUCUAGGCAUCAUACUCAGUCUAAAAUCAAUUUCCCCUCCGUAGCAGUAUCAGUGUAUCAGAAACAAGAAGUUGGAAUCGCCCCGAUCUCAACUCCUUUCCCCGGAAAACGCAACCGGUGUUCGUCGGCGGCCGCCACAAGCAGUGAUAAACUCCUACAGGUAUUUAUUUUCAGAUGCAAUUCCAAUACGAUUCGCGGCAAGCAGAUCUCCACUUUGCAACCGCGAUUUACAACAUAG